AUGUCCCAGAAGGUCAAGCUGAUCGUUUCACCCGAGCAUGCUUCCCUGAAGAUAUUAUACACCCUUUUAUCAGUUCAAUUUCACAAGGAGGAGGUGCUUGGCAAACACCGACGUGUUGCCCUAGCACUUUUUCUGACCGUGUUGGAAUCCACAACCCCUCUACCUCCGUUCCUCGACCAAGACUGGUGUACUCCAGACCUGGCUGCAGAGUUUGUUCAGGUCGCCUUCGAGGGCGGCGCAUUGGCUCUAGAAUAUGACGAUACUCAUCUGGUAUUAUCCGAACACGUUUGCUGUCUUGCCAAGUUUCCACCCACCAUGAAUGAGGCUUUCGACUAUGCUGCUGCCAAGCGUCUCUUCGACCGGCCGAUCGAGAGACUUCACUGUGGUGAUGACGACGUCUUUAACUCUUAUUCUCACCUACCGGUCAUCAUAUCAGCGCUCAUUACUGGUUUGCCAUCCUCAAAAUUAGAUCCACAGAUAUGUCAAAACUUCUUGGAGUACCUCCAUGAGCCGGACGUCCUACUUGCCAUUUGUGCUCUUACCAUCGCAACUGAUUCCCGUCAGCCUCUUUAUGACCUUGCACGCCUUCGUCCCAAUGACGUCGCCUGGCCCGUUUGCUUACAGAGGCUCCAAGAAUACGCAUACCCUACCUGGCUAUCAAAUCAUUAUAAUAUACCUAAUAUACUUGCAGAUCUCACAACCUUUCUUGAGGAAGGUGGUGUUGGUCCGUCUGGAAGAACAACCCCAUCUGUCACCGAGCAAAUAGCUCAAAGGGAUGACCGACCUCUUGUUAAUUCCCCGAAGGAUCCAUGGCAGAAAGCAUGGCAUAGGGUCCGACAGUACUUUACCAAAGACACUGCUCACGAGGAUAUGGUGCUAUCGAACCUCGAUACAGUAUAG